UCAGAACAGAAUAAUAAAUAAAGAUUAACGUACGUGCUUGUAUUUCCACGUUAGAUAGCGUUACACAUUUGCUGUUUUUGUUUUCUCUAUCUUUCCUUCAGUCGGCAAGUCGUCUUCUUAUCUCGCUUCUCGAUAAGCACAGGCGCGCCAUCGUUAAAUAUAAGAUUAAUCAAUGGUUGAUAUUAAUCCACAAUUGAGUUAUCCUCGAUUAACUGAAAUAUUUCUAUAGAAUGGAGGAUAUGCUUGCUUGGAGGUCGUAAGAUCGAAAAAUGAUCGUGAACAAACCUAAAUUGACCGGCAGAUCCUUUGUAAUGUCCCUUUUUUGUCUCCCAACCCAUAUUGUACCAAAAAUCGAAUCAAUUAGCCAAAACUGUGUGAAUCCACUGUAUUGGUCGGAUUCAUAAGGUUCAAGCAAUGAUCGUAAGCUGCACUUAUUGAUUAAAAGAUAAUUUUUUAUUAAACCAACGUGAAUUAAAGAUCGUUUGUUGAAAUUUAAAAAAAACAACGAAUAUAGAAUUUGUUCUAAAAUGUAAAAACACCAAAUGUCUGAGAAACGGUACACUUGAACCUAAUGUAGUAUACAACGUGAGGCUAUAAACGCAGGCUGGUACGAUGUCAACCAAAACACAUUUGUACGAAAAGAGCAGCAAAUGAAAAAUCAAUAUUUUGCUCUCUUUUCCACAUACACGAUAUGGUAGGGUUUAUUCUGAAGGGCUGAAAUAAUGCGUUCGAUUAGAAAAAGUGGACAAGUUAGCAUGUGAAAAAUGUUUUCAAUAAUUGUGCCCGCAAGCUAUUAAAAUCGUUUUAUUCUUCUAAGAUCAGAAAUUAAGGCUAGACACUGAGGAAGGAAUCCUUAAUGCUGGGCAAAAUAAGUGUGUUUCAUUCGUAAAUUGGUUCCAUUUUUGGUUUGGAAUGUUUUCGAUCAAAUUAGAAUAACUCUCUCAGCUUCGCCGUCGGAUAUACAAGUACUGGGUGGGUGUGAAGCAAGGAAGUAAGGAAAACCUGCUCGAGUUUUAAGAAAAACUGUUUAAGAAAACGAUUGUAUCCGUUUGAACUGUGUUAAAGAAACCAAGAAGCAAAAGUGGAAGUUUUCUGUGCUCGUGUUCACAUACGAUAAAUCAAAAAGGCUUACCAAAUGUCCGGUGCUGCAAAGCGAUGGCGGUCAGCAGGUACCUGGAGUGUUGUGAUUAUGGUUGUACAAAGUUUCAUCAAAAGCGAAUGUUAGCGAUGGCCAGGAGGAAGAGUGAUAUGCAGAAGGGUGACGUAUAUUUGCACAGUGUAAUUGUAAGCACGGACAAUUCAUUCUUUCUAGUUGCGAACAGCUAAGAGCAAUACGAACUGUGUACACACCCUCACCCAGUGUAGUACAGGCGUUGCGUGAUGCCGAAACCUGCGGACGAAAGUUUCGGCUCGCUCGGCAAGCCGGACUCAUCCCUGGAUGAUGAUUUCGAGCUGGACGAGCUGGCAGUAUCGCGGAAGCCACACUUUCUCGACUACGACAACAAACCACCGGCGGAACUGGUCGAGCAGCACCAUUGCUGGAAUGGAGCGGAAAAGGAAGAAGAGGCGGUGGUCGGCGAGGAAAAGGACCAAGGACUAAUCGAACCCGUUGGCACGAUGGUGUGCGAACAAUCGUUGCUUUUUCAGCGUACACCGGUAGCACAGGAAGCAACGGCCAACAUACCGAUCAUGAAUGUAUCGUACGAUGUAACUACGGCAACGGUCACCACACUGAACAUCCUGCCGGCCAAGAAGCAGGGUGUGUUAAAUGGUUCGCGUAGCGGAGGCACCUGGCCACUGAAAGAACGGCCGGUAGGUAUGUCCCCACGACGACAGCAGCAACAGCAGAACGAGCAACAACAGCCACAGCAGCAGCAACAUCAUUCGUUAAAUCGUGGCGAGUUGGGUGAGGUCGGUCCAAAGAUGGAAUGCGUGUACUCGCUGCUCUCGAUGCUCGGCUCCACCAACGUGCUCGAGAUGUCCUGCAAGUUUCUGGAGCUGUCACGAAACGAGGAAAAGUGCUCCGCCCUGCGUAGGUCCGGCUGCGUACCGCUGCUGGUGCACAUUAUUCACAACGAACCGAACGAGGUGGCUCGCCGAAACGCACGGCACGCGCUGGUGAAUGUGGUGCGGUGCAACGCGGAUGAAGGAUCGGCUCGCCGUGAACUGAAAGUGCUUCGACUGAUCGAUCAACUUAUCGACUAUACCGACCUGCUGAAGGAGCAAACGCGCGAACAAGGCCAGGUCGAACCGGACGAGACGAUACUGCUGGAAAGGGAAUCUUCGGUUGGCAGUGGGCCGACAACCGUACCGGAUCCGGAACGUCAUCCGAUACAGGCCAUCGGGACGCUCGCUAAGAUAAGCUACGACGAGGAGCACCGGCACGCGAUGUGUCAGUUCGGUGCGCUGCAAACCAUCGCUUCCCUGAUCCAACUGGAUCAUCACGCACACGGUAGCGCUACGCCGGAGGCGCUCAAAUGUGUAGAAAUGCGUCGGUACGCGAGUAUGGUACUGACCAACCUUACGUUCGGGCAGGGCAACAAUAAGGCACUGCUGUGCUCGAACCGUGACUUUAUGCGGGCGCUCGUGUCCCAGCUCAGCUGCACCGAGCUGGUACAGGUGACCGCAUCCGUGCUACGCAACCUAUCCUGGCGUGCGGACGCCAUUACGAAGCAGACGCUGGUCGAGAUCGAAACGGUCACCCUGCUGACGGAAGCGGCAAUGCGUUGCACGGUGGAGAACACGCUCAAAUCGAUCCUGUCCGCGCUCUGGAACCUGUCCAACCAUUGUGCCCAGAAUCGGGCGAAAAUAUGCGAGGUUACCGGUGCGCUCGAGUUUCUGAUCGAUCUGCUCACGUACGAAGCACCGAGCAAGACGUGGAGCAUCGUGGAAAACGCGGGCGGUAUACUGCGCAACGUUUCUAGUCAUAUCGCACAGUGCGAAACGUACCGUCAGGUACUGCGGGAGAAGCAGUGUCUGAAGCUGUUGCUCGAUCAGCUAAAAUCGCCCAGCCUGACGGUGGUAAGCAAUGCGUGCGGUACGCUCGGUAAUCUGUCGAGCGAAAACGAUGAAGAUCAGCGCUUCCUGCGCGAUCACGGUGCAAUACCGAUGCUGCGUUCGCUCAUCUACAGCAAGCACAACAUUAUCUCGAACGGUUCCCGGUUGGCGCUGAAGAAUCUUCAACAGCAGCACCAGCAGCGUCCAUCUGUAGCACCCGUGGCGAACCUGCACGAUACGCACCCGGAUGCACCGGGGUGGAAUGUGAAGGGGGAAGCGGUGGUACCACCGGGUAAGGGUGGAGGUGGAUUGCCGGGGUUAAAUGUGAGGAAGCAGCGUGCCAUGGAACAGGAGUUGGGUUGUGCAUUCUAUCGGAAACAGACCGAACCCGGACAGGAGCCGGCCGGUGAGGAGGUACACACGGUGGUUGAUAUUGGAUCGUCCCCGGAUCCAGACCCAGAGCCGGAAACGCCUAUCAAUUAUGGCUUAACGGAGGAACGUUUGCAUCAGCAUUCGUACGACUAUCAGGAAACGGACAUUGAUCAGUUGACGGACUAUUCGCUACGGUAUGCCGAAAAUCAGUCAGAUUCGGAGGAGGAGGAAGAGGAGGAGAAGGAUGAUGGAAAUGCGGUGGCGUAUCGGCACAGAGCGAACGGUACCGGUGAUCCAACGGUGAACGUACUGAUGCCGGAAGAUUCUGUCAAAUGCUACUACACCGAGGGUACGCCCCAGAUAAUUUCGAGCGCCACCUCGAUGAGUGAUUUGAGGGCAGUCGUGACGGGAUCCCAGAUGAAACCGACCGAAGUGGAAUCCGUCACAGCGGCGGUGGUGGUCGUCGCUGCCGACGAAGGAAUCGUCGGUGUACCCGGAAAAAAGUCGAAUCCGAUCCCGAUCGGACGAGGACUAGCCGUUGGUGAUGAUACAGGUUGCAACACACCGGACAAGCCGUUCAAUUACUGCGAGGAAGGUACACCAGACUUUAGCCGGGAAGCGUCACUCAGCAUAAUCGAUCUACAGCAUCAUGAAGAUGACAGAAGGAAGGAAGAGAAGCAACAGCAGCAGCAGCUGCAGCAGCAGCACCAGCAACAGCAACACCAGCAACGAGAGCUAGACGAACAACAGCAGCACACGAAACUAUCCAACGCCACGGCGACAGUGGUUGUCGGCGAUCCGAAUGGUAGCAUUGCCGGACCGGUAGGGAAAUCGGUUUCGUUUCUUAACACCGGUGGUGCUGACGAAACGCCACUAAUGUUUUCCCGCACCAGCUCGAUGGGUUCGCUGUCGAGUGCGGAACCGGCCUGUACCGAUGACAAGAGUUCGAUCGUGAGCGAAUUUAGCCGGAUGGCGUCGGGCGUUAUGUCACCGUCGGAGUUGCCCGAUUCACCAACGCAAACGAUCCCGCACUCGCCCCAUCCGCAACCGAAGCGACCGAUGCUUCCGAAAACUAUACCACCGGAUGGUGAGGGUGGGGCUCGCGACGGUGAUGGUGAUUGUGGUCGGCGUGUCGGUGGUGAUGAUGGUGUUGGCGCGUUCGCCGAUACGGUUAGCAAGUUUAACGUCGAGCACACACCGGCACAGUUUUCCUGUGCGACAAGCCUCAGCAAUCUAAGCCUGGAGGAGAAGGACGAGAUAAAGCAGGAGGUGGAAAAGCAUCAGCAGCAAGGGCAAGAGAAUCCGAUGGAGAAUAAUGAUGGUGUAUCAGCGCAACCGCCGGUACUGCCCAAUCCGGCGGAUGUGCUGCUCGGCAUGAUGAACGGUACCACGAAUGCAACCACCACCGAUGAGGGUCACGCAUCCGAUGCAGACUCCGAUGCGGGUGGCGGUGAAGACGAUGAGCUGCUGGCAUCGUGUAUUAGCAUUGGCAUGAACAGUGUCGCUGCACGCAGCGGUACCAAGCAGCAGAAUUCCUUUCCGCCGGCCACAAUCCAAACGCUCCGCUACCGGGACGGUACUGAUGGGGGGCACGAUUCCGACGACAGCUCCAACCUGUCCGACAACAAUGACCGUCUGCUGGAGGAGUGCAUAUUGAGCGGUAUGCCAAAACCAAAACAAUCCCAUCCGCUGCUACCACCGGGCGGGCCGGUAAUGAAGGAGAACCCGUUCAAGAUGAUGCGCACGAACCAUACGAUGGUGGCACCGGCAAACGAUGAGCUGAACCCGUUCCACAUUGAGGAUAGCCCGUGUAAUUUCUCCACCGUUUCGGCACUGUCUGAGCUGACGAUGGCAUCCGACACGAACGCAACAUCAAUGCGCGACAAAUCGCUCGAAAGUCUGGACCGUGAGCUGAUUGAUUCGCUCGUGAAGGAUGGGUUUCCGAAGAAGCGAGAGCUGGUGGUUAGUUCACCGUCGGUCGAAUCGGAAACGGACGAUCAUCUGCUGGACGAAGCGAUUGCAGCCGGCAUCACUGGCAAAGUGCAUCAGGCUCGUGGUGAUAUUACCGAUGGUAUGAAGCAACCGAAGAAGGAUACGUUCGGGCGUCAUGAGGCAACAACAAGCGGUGGGUGGAUAUCACCACCGCAGGUGCAGCGAACCAACGAUGAUAGCCUGCCAGAUGAGAAUGAUGAUUCGGAGCAGGAGGAAGAUUACCAGCUGCUGGUGGAAUGCAUACAGAAGGGAAUGCGUCCUGUCGGGGCGUCGAAAGGUGGUAGCGCACCGUUGGUCACAAACCAUCACGACAGUGAGGAACUGUUGCCCCUAACGGUCGGUGGAAUGAUGCAGCGAACGCAUCACAGCACUAUACCGAUCCACAAGCAAACGACACAUCCAAAAAACGUGCAAACUACGCCUGCGAUGUCGAAGGUUGUCGGUGCCUUCGAAGUGUCGCCAGGCGUAGGAAGCAAACAAAGCUGCUUACCAUCGGGCCGGUCAGUCAACGGUGGCCGGCAGCGGGCCCCGGAAACGAAACCGUCACCGGCGGUCCGUACCCAACCGGAUACGUCCGACAGCACCGACACAACCAUUUACUUCAGCCUACCGUCAUCGGUGUCGAACACGUCCGGCAGCAUCACCGGGGUGGCACCGUCCGGCACGACCACCGAGGCCGUCAUGCACCGGGUCCAAGAGCGAGCGGCGCUGGGAGCGGUGGAGGAGGCGACAACGUCUUCCGUCCGCACAGUCCUGAUUGGGUGUGAGAUGGAACGGUCGGCAGGUGAGGGUGGGCUCACCUACGGUGGGUCGUACGCGAAACACAAAAAUCCGGAGCGAAUGCUCCAGUCGGUCGAACGCCUCACGCAGGAGCUAGUGGCGCAAGUGGAAGAACGGCACGUGCGUACCAACCUGGUCGAUGGUGGCACUAGUGACGGUGUCACAACAGUCGAUUCGGCUGCCGUACAGUUCAAGAUAGGCGAAAAGGUGUCGAACCUUCAGGGCGGCACUGUCGUGGGGUUAAACGCUUGUCUGCCGGGCGAUACCCUUGUGGUGGAAUUCGAGGAUGAAGGUAAUUUGGAGUGUGAGGAACCACCAUCCAUCUUGUACAAGCUGUCCAUGCCGUAUGUGCAGCACGAUAUCAACGGUCACGGUCCGCACGAUUGCCCUUCGCUCGCACCGAUACAGGAGCAAACGAAUCGGGUAAAGCCUGCGCGAGUAGUAUCAAAUCCCGGUUCGCCUAGAAUUCGAAAACUUCAACGCGAACCUACCAACGGCAAGGAUGCUGAUGAGUGCAAGGGUAAACUCAAUAAAGAUCUAGAAGUGAAAAGUGUGAAAAAAGAACAGCAGACUAAAAUCGUUAAACCGGCAGUGGAUGGUGUUACGAAGAUGGUGCGCAGUCGACAACCAGUGUCAAAGGCUAGCACUCCCAUCGGUAAAGCGAACGCAAAACCAUCAUCGGGCAGCCCUAUACAUAGACCAACGGUGAAAACGAUCCAGCAUUCGCAACGCGCUAGCCCAAACGUGACGACGAGCACGAAAAAACAUCAACCGGUACCAGCAGCACAGCCGAGCAAGCAAACGAUGAAGCAGUCACUCAAACCGGCGGCCAGUAUCGCACGGCAGGAUACGUUCGUACUAGAUAAACCGACGCUCUCGGUGCACGUUCCGAAGCAUAUGCAAACGGCGGGAACCACCGGGACCGAACAAACGGUGGGGGAUGUUAAAAACAGCAUACCCGCUUCAAAAAUUCCCCUUCCGAAGGGUGAAAAGACAAACCCAUCAAGCCGUAUCCCGCCACCGAAGCGUACACCUGCGGGUAAACAAUUUUCCAAGCUUGGCACACCAAAAUCAUCCCCGGUUGGUGUUGUGCAGAAGAAAUAGAAGGCAGGGAUUUGCUUUGUAUCGCUUAAAUGUGGGAUCGUUUGGUAACGAAAGUGAACCACUGCUUAUAACGCUUGUGCAAGGGUAGCGAAUUAUACAUAUACUUUACUAUCGAACAUUAGCGCAUGCUUAAUCAGAACCCGGUUUGCCCCGGUUAGCUACAGUUCAAAUUGAACCAUUAGCCAGGAUAGUAAGCCUUCCUUUCGUUCCAGUUGAGAUUUGUCCGCAGAUCACGGACCUAUCCAUUUAUUUAAUUCGUUGCUCGCCAACGAUAUCUAAUACAACUAUACAACUCGCCCCGAAAACGCAUCUUGUAGUGAUUAAAAUGAAUUAUAAAAUAAUGAUACUUAUAGCGACAUAAAUCUAGUCCUUCGUAAUUCAUUUUAUUCAGAACGUGGGUUUGUUUACUUCACUUUCCAGCCGGCAGUUUGCAUGUUUUGUUAAGCCUUACACAGGCAAACCAUGAUGGUAGAUACAUUAUCGUCGCUUGUACUCAACGCCACAACUUGUGACUAGUUGCUAAGAAUUUAUUACCAUAUAGAGGAGACAAAAAGAAACUGCAACUAUGUGGUACGAUCAUCAGUAUAGCAUAAGUUACCUUUAUCGCUUCGCACAUAUAAUACUCUGAUAAUUUAACUUAUAUGCGUACAUGGUAAGGAGUUCGGAACGAUGAAAGGUGUUAGGCGAUUAGUUGCCCCCCACCUAAAUGCCGUUUAAGAUUGGUCCGUAAGGCCAUUUACCCUUAGCUUCAAAUAUAGAAAUAUAUAUAUACAUGGCCUUCCAAAACGGGUCUAUAUAAGUACAAUUAUAAAUGGGAUUGAAGUGAAAUAAACUUUGCAAAACCUUGAA